AUCAAGACAGAAUGGCUAAACGUUCAGGACCUUACAAGAGAUAUUUGGAGGGCGACACUGGAAGAAUUCCAAGGAGAACUAAGUCCAGAUGGGAAAAACAAUGCAAAGAAGCUGGCAAGUUAAAUGAAGAUAAUGAAGAUGGUCAUAGCAGUUUGCAGAAUGUGAACAACAGUGAAGCUGACCACUUAAGCACAGAAGAUGACAAGAGUGAUGCUUCCAACUGUGAAGACGAAGAUGAUGAAGAGGAGAAUGAAAAUUCGCCCACAACUAGCUUGUUGGGUACUGACAUUCAAGAGAAUGUCAAUGAAGCUGACCAACAAAACACAGAAGAUGACAUGGGUAAUGCUUCCAACUGUGAAGACAAAGACGAUGAAGAAGAAAAUGAAAACUCGCCCACAACUACCCUGUUGGGUCCAGACCUUCAAGCGAACGAUGAAGACCUGUCAGAUUCUGAAGGAGACAUGCUUGAUGCUGCCAGGAGUGAAGAUGAAAACGAUGUGGAUAGUGAAGACUUGGAGUGCAAUGCUAGUGGAGAAAACACAUCUCAAUUGUCAAUGGUUACUCUGGACGUUGACCAACAAAAACAAACAGUGGAUGGCAUGAAAAACAUGAUAAAAAAACUGCAAGCUGAGAACAAGACCUUGAAAAAGGACAUCGUCGAUUGCCAGCGUUACAACCGAAGAUGGUCUCUGAAGGUGCACGGAGUUAAAGAGGAGGAGGGAGAGGACAUACGGCGCAAGAUUAUUGACAUCCUGGGUAAUACGGCUCCCAAACUCCGCAACAAUCUGGAAGAGGGCCUAGACAUCGUACAUCGCGCUGGGCAGUGGCGGCAGGACGGAUCGAGUAAGUCGACCAUCAUCUUAUUUCCAUUGAGACGUCUUCGGGACGCGAUAUGGAGAGAGACUAAAGGCUCCAAGUUCCUGAUCGACAAAAAACUGAGAAUCACCGAAGCGCUGUCACCAGAAGACAAGGCAGCGAUGGAGAAACUGUGGCCCCUGGUUUAA